AUUUUUUUUUUUCGUGUUUAAAGGAAAAAUCUCUUUGGGACGUUAAGCAGCUUCUCAAUUUCAUCUCUUCCGGCGACGAUGUCUAUUUACAGGAUCGCUAGAGCCUUACCUUUCUCGGGGUUCUUCAGGCAGCUUGAGCAAGAAGCCGAAACUGUGAUCAAUGUUCUGCAACCUGGCCCAUUGGGAAUCAUAGAACACAAGUUCACGGCUCAAGAGAUUCGCCAGUCUAAAGCUACAGUGUGUAGAGCUGUUGAGAACUGGCGGAGACAUUCUACGCUAGAGCAUGCUAAUGGUGUUUUAAAUGAUUACAUCUACAAGUGAAGAAGUGAUUUUAUCUCUCUAGUUUUGUUUUCUUCAUUUUCAAGGCUGAUGUACAAAGGCCUUUCAUUUUGUUAAACAAUCCUUCGAGCUCAAUGGAAAAGCAAAUGUUUCUCUAUUAA